AUGGUUCAUCUUGGUUACUCUCUCAACCAACUGAUUCACCUCUUCUCCUUCCUCUUCACUCUCAGUCUCAUCACUUCCUUCUUCACUUGGAGAGCCAUUUCCCUCCUCUUGAACAAGGUUCACUCCAAUCUCAAACUCCCCUUGCUCACUCUCACUACUAAUGGGUCAUUCCUCUUCUUGGUUCUCCUUUCCUCCCUCAAUCUCUCACUCUCAGACUCUUCCUCAGAGUACACAUACUCCUCUGCAUCAGACUCUUCCAUCCUUGAUCAUCCUCUCCAAAUCGGCUUGCAUCUUAAGCCUUCUUUCCCUUGCAUUGCUUGA